UCCUUCCUCUGGGCACCCGGGCGCCUCCGGAGACUCCAGCCCGGCUAGCCCAGCAGCGCAGCGCCCCCAGCCCCCUGCCCCCACGCCGCGGCUGGCUCCGGGUGCAGGGGGGCCCGGGGCACGGAGCCGAUCUGUCCCGGGCGGCGCUGGAGCCGGAGCUAGUCUGCGGCAGGAACCAGCAGCGGCUGGGAUGUUUUCCCAGGGAUGGUGUUUAUAACGGUGCUGAUUGCCCGGACUCCUGGGUCCUCAGGGAAAAGGCCAGACGGGAGGGAGCGCUGUGCUCGUCUAGCCUGCCCUGCUGUAGGAGCCAGGCUCCUAGGGCUGCCCCCCAGGGACAGAGGCGGGCUGGGCCCCCGGUGUGUCCCGGCCGGGGAGCAGAUGCGGAGGAAGGGAGCGGAGAGGAAGAUCGGCAGAGCAGGAGGCAGGGAGAGUGAGGAGGAGAGGGGAGAAGGACCCCCCCACCCCCAGCAGGAGACCCAGACAGCCGGGGGGGGGAUGGCAGCCCCGGCGCCGGUGGGGUUCGAGGAGGUGGCCGUGUGUUUCUCCCGGGAGGAGUGGGGGCUCCUGGACGAAGGGCAGAGGCAGCUCUACAGGGACGUCAUGCAGGAGAACUACCAGGCUCUCAUCUCACUGGGAGGCAAGAGGCGCUGGAGGCAGAGCCAGGAGAAUCCCAUCCAGGGAAGCCUCAAGAGGCUGCAGCCCCAGCAGACCUUCCCAGGGAUAGCCCGGAAGUGGGCCAUGCAGAACCCCAGCCAGGGCAGGGCUUGGGGGAGCCAGCCCGGGGCACCCCCGCCUGGCAGAUCUGCUACAUCCGGCCGCCAGGAGCGAGGCUUCGGCCGGCUGCUAGGCAUCCUCUUUGAGCCCUCGGCCGCGGCGAGGCCGCCUCGGCCCAGGGAGCACGGGAGGGCCCCUGAGCGCAGCAAGGGCUCCGGGAGGCCCGACGGCUGCACCGAGUGCGACAAGAGCUUCCGGCAGAAGCCGCACUUGGCCACCCACCUGCGCACCCGCACGGGCCAGCGGCCCUACCUGUGCGCUGCCUUUGGCCAGAGCUCCAACCGGAUCGAGCACCGGCGUGCCCGCACUGGCGAGACCCCCGUCCGCAGCCUCGACGGUGGGAAGGGCGUCUGCCUCUCCGCUCCAACCUGGCGCAGCCCCGGCGCCUCCACGCGGGGGAGCGGCCCUACCUCCACGCCCGGUGCGGGAGGAGCUUCUGCCGCAAGCACCGGCUGACCCGGCACCACCAGGGACACACCGAGGAGGAGGCUGCUGCAGUGCUCCCCCAUGGGGGCCGCCCCGGCCGUAGAGAUCAGGGCUGCACCAUGCGCUGGGGGGGGGACGCUGCCAUUCCCGGGUUGGGUAUUGCCUCCAGUGUGAUGCUGGAGCGCCAGGGCCGGGCCCUCUGCUGCAGUGGGGUCCCGUGGAGGCUUCUGCAAAGCUCCAGGGAAAGUCACUGGCUGGCGGGACAGGGAGCUGAAAGAGCCAAGAACGAGGAGGGAGCGUUUAUGGCUGCAGGCAGCAAAAUGUGUUGUGAUUGGUUGAUGAUAAUUAGACGGGGCUGCCACCACCUCUUGGCCACCAAAAGACUGUCAGACAAGCUUAAAGAGAAACCUUACAGCUCAAAGGAAAGGGAAUAAGGGGGACUGUAAAAAAUAAAAGCCUUACUUAAGACUUUA